AUUAAAUACAAAAGGAUUCUCAAUGAUAGACUUAAUGGACUUAUUUUCUGACUAAAAUAAUAUAUUUUCUCCACAAUUUUUCUGGAAUAGAUUUCCAUCUUCUUAUUAGCAAUUUGAUUAAGAUAUUAUGUGGUAAUGAAAGGAAUAUCAAAAAGAGCGUAACAAAUAAUUGACAAGAUGUUAUAUCACUAUUAUAAGGGUUAAGAUAAUACCUAAAUAAUCCUGAAGCAAUCAAUUUCAACAUCAUUGAUACCAGAUUUAAACAUAGACAUAAUUUGAU